GGGAGACGGCCGUGGCGCCAUUUUGCGAACGGCGAGCAGCGGCGGAGGCGCGGAGAAGCGCGGCGGAGGUUUUCCUGGUUUCGGACCCCAGCGGCCGGAUGGUGAAAUCCUCCCUGCAGCGCAUCCUCAACAGCCACUGCUUCGCCAGAGAGAAGGAGGGGGAUAAAUCCAGCGCCACCGUCCACACCAGCCGCACCAUGCCGCUCCUCAGCCUGCACAACCGCGGCGGCCGCAGCAGCGAGAGUUCCAGGGCCUCCCUCCACUGCUCUAGUAACCUGGGUCCAGGGCCUCGGUGGUGCUCCGAUGUCCCUCACCCACCCCUGAAGAUCCCAGGUGGGCGAGGGAAUAGGCAGAGGGAUCACAAUCUUUCAGCUAAUUUAUUUUACUCCGAUAAUCAGCUGAAUGUAACAGAGGAACUAACAUCUAACGACAAGACGAGAAUUCUGAACGUCCAGUCCAGGCUCACAGGUUCGAAACACAUUAACUGGAGAGCAGUGCUGAGCAGCGGCUGCCUGUACGUCGAGAUCCCCGGCGGCACUUUGCCGGAGGGGAGCAAGGACAGUCUCGCAGUUCUUCUCGAGUUUGCUGAGGAGCAGCUCCACGCCGACUAUGUCUUCAUCUGCUUCCACAAGAACCGUGAGGACAGAGCCGCCUUGCUCCGUACCUUCAGCUUUUUGGGCUUUGAGAUUGUGAGACCGGGGCAUCCCCUUGUCCCCAAGAGACCCGACGCUUGCUUCAUGGCCUACACGUUUGAGAGAGAGCCCCCGGGGGAGUAGUGCAGAGGCCACCCGUGGCCCUCCUGCGCCCCCAGCCGCCUGCCUCUUCCCUGUGCGCUUCGUGGGGGUGGUGUGGCCCCUGCUGUGCUGGGCACAUUCGCCCGGCCUGCUCAUCUCUUCUGGGUUCGUUCGCAUGUUGUAAUUGUGCAAAUAAACGCUCACUCCAAAUUAGCGGCAUAUUGAAGUUUAAUAUUGUGUUUGUGAUACUGAAGUAUUUGCUUUAAUUCCAAAUAAAAAUUUAUAUUUUA